CACUGAACAAUCAAUUUUUAGACGCGGACUAGCGUAUCAACAUAUUUUUAAGCGUACGCAGUUUUACAUGUGAUACUUAUGUUUUUUCACAUAUUUAUCUUAUAUUCACAUUGUAUGACCGUAAGUAUUUAACUUCGUCAUUCCGGUCGAUCUAUAAUUAGGUCGUGCAUGUGACUAAAUCAACACAAUAAGCGGAUUGUGGAAUAUAUCGAAAACAGAAUGAAGAGAUCGUGGAGGGACUGUCAGGGAUGGAGAAACUCCAAUCUUCCCAUGACCUGCUCCAACGACGAAGCCUGCAGACUGUUUGAUGCCGCCAUUACACAAUUAACGUCCAUGUAUCCAGACACCGAGAUGGGAGGGAUCGGUAACACAUUUAAAAAGAUGCUGGAAGCCGACCCUAACUUCGUUAUGGGUCAGGUGUUGGUAAAUUCUAUGAAAUGUGGUGGCUCCAAGAGCGAUACAGAGGAAGUUAAGAAAGCCGUGGUGGACAUUUCAAACCAGGCUAUGAAACAGAAAGUAACGGAAAGAGAAAGUAAACACGUGACAGCAUUAAAAGAAGUGGCAGAAGGGAACACGUUACAGGCUGCUGCUACAUAUAGAAGCAUAUUAAAUGAUUCACCAACCGAUUUAUUUGCAUGUCUGAUGGCUUUCUUUAAAUACUACGAACUAGGAAUGUCUAAGGAGUUAUUAGAGAUGAUGACCUUCGUGGCGGAGGCGUAUCAUCCCGAGACCCCGGGGUAUAGCACUAUUCUCGGAUGGAGAGCCUUUGCACACGAGGAAAAUAUGCAGUUAGUGGAAGCUGAGCAAGAUGUAUAUAAGAGUCUAGCCGUUUCUCCAGGCGAAGUUUUUGCGAUCCAUACAAUGGCUCAUAUUCACCUAGAGAAAGGCAUGCUGGACGCAGGAUUGGCCUUCCUUCAGAGUAAAGCCAAAUACUGGGAGUCAGCAAGCUUGGCGUGUCACAUUGCCUGGCAUGAAGCCUUAUUUUAUGUCGAAAAGGGACAAUUUGAUGAUGCAGUGAAGACAUUUGAUGAAAAGAUUUUAACAAGAAUGGGGAGUCCAGGAAAUUUCAAUGAUGCUUCGUCUCUGUUGUAUCGCUUGUCUUUUGAAGAUAUAAAUGCCCCACAAAGAUGGAAAAGCAUUCUUGAUCAUGUGGAUAAGUUAGCGGGCCAACACAUGUGGAUGUAUCUGGAUGCACACAUUCUACUCUGUUUACAUAGAAACGGAGAAAAAGAGCGUGCACAUAGUAUGCUUGAAGAGUUAAAACAAUAUGUGAAAGAUAACUCCGCCACAAACGCCCAGGUAACGCAUGACGUGGGAAUACGGCUAUGUGCUGGGAUAACAGCGCACGAAGAAGGACACAUGGAAACCGCGGCAAACUGUCUCAACUCCAUACGUGCGUCACUUCACAGAAUCGGAGGGAGCAUUGCACAGAGAGAUACAUUCAUUCAACUUUUGCUGCAUUCUGCGAUUAAAUCCCCUAACCCUGACCACCAUGCCCUCGCUAGAUCUCUUCUUAUGGAGAGGAAAGCCAGGCGCGCCGAGGAUCCGUUAGGGGAGCGCCUGAUGCUUCUUCUAGAGAAUAAGUCUUCUAAAUAAAUCAUAGACAACUGGGCCUGUAAAUAACUUAGAUAAUUAUACCUCAAUAAAAAUAUAUCUGGAGACUUUAUAUAUUCGGUUUCAUAAAUAUAAUUUUUAAUGUAUAUAUUUUUUUUGCUGUUUUACAAUGAAACAAAUUGCAGA